CUCACUCAGCUCCUCUCUCUCUCGUCUGACUCUACUUCUCUUUUUAGCAGCAAGUCAACAGGAUGUGUGCCAAAACCACAGCAGUGUCAGAAGAACUGUGAGCCUGUUUCAACAUGUUGAAGUCGAGUCUGUCAUAAUCAAAUGAACAGCACUCAAGGCAGCAGCAGCAGAUUACAGCUUUGACAGCUUUUUAACUGAUCUGGAAUGAAAAGCCCUCUCUUUGGACCAUACAAAGCAAAUGUGUGAUGGUUUCUUCUGCUUUUGACAGCACUAUUUCAUAAUAGAGUGACAUGUCAAAUGUGGGCUAAGUAAAUAGGGGUGGGCUGUGGUAAGAGGAACAGGAAGAGAGGAGACGAGAGAGAAGGUAGCAGUCAGACAGAACGGGCGAGAGCUUGUCACGUCGGCAUGUGAAACCUCUCAUACCAAGCUUCUACAUUUUUUUUAUUCAUACAGACUCUGAAAAGACAAGUGAGGAGGAAUAUGCUGUGCUUGGACUGCGGUGACUUUAGCAGAUGAUGCUGUGAGGGGAUAACGUUACAGGUAAGAACAAAUCUACAUUUAUUUGGGGUAACUUUAGGGGACAAAAUGAGAGUAAACUUCAACAGAGAUUAAAGAGAAAACACUGGUGAGAAAAAUCAGAUGCGGGCACAUUCUCAGACUGUUAUCACACACCUUUGUUGUCAAACAACUGAUGGAAAUAUAAGACUUACUGUUGGAUUUUCAGUUUUAACAUCUGUAGUCAACAUGUUGAAACCUGCCAAACUGGUUUCACAUACAUUUCUCAGUGAGUUAAGGAUACAAACAUCACAGUCUGCAUGUCUGUUCCUCUAUUUUGUGUUGUAGAAAUGUUUAAAAUAGGCUCCACCACGUCUCUGACCUACAAUCUUUUACCUAACCCCUAUUUCAAUGUCCUUCUUGUCAAGGUUUGACAGCGAGAUAAAUGGACUGUGCAGAGAUCAAAGUUGAAAUGGCUGAAGAGGAGCCGCAGAGCCCUCUCCACAUCACCGAGGAAGGAGACACGACCGAGGGUGUUACAGCAAAAAAGUCACACAUCAGUUCAGCUUUCAUUGUGCUGAGCGGCAGCGAGGGUUCGGCUCUGAAAAAGGAAGAGGAACACACGGGAGAGGACGAAAAAGAAGAAGAUGCUGCUGCGAGUAAAGUGUGUUUAGAAAAGCGGAGUCAAGAGGAAGGGGAAACUAAUGCAGAGGACUGUAGAGAAGGAGGUGAAAAACCAGAGGACACUGAGAACAUGAGCGAUGGACAAAGUAAAGAUGAUAGUAAGAGUGAGACGACAGGGAUUAAUGCGAAACCUGAGAAAACAAGCGACACUGAGGACAAGAACGUCGGAGAAACUGAGCCUCAAGUGGAUAAAAAAAGCUCAAGUUGUUCAGAGUCGGAAGCAGAGACCAAAAAGGUUUGUGGACUUCUUUGUUGUCUCUGUAAUAACCCAAUCAUGCAGCAUUUGUUUUUAUUGUCUGUACUUAACCAAGCAUCCACUCUGAACUCUGCGGGAAAAACAACCUCCCGGUGGAAAAAAAGCAGCUAUCACUUUGUUACAGAGCAUGUGGGAGUACGUAGGAGUUGAGUGAAUUCUUCUGCUGUGCCAACAAACAGUCUGUGCCACUCAGCGAGAAACCUUUUCCUCCCUCCCUCAUUCUUUCUCUGACACCUACCCGCGUGUUUCACAGGCUCACCGGUUAACCCCCGACUUCCCGGAGUCGCUGUAUGAGCUCCUCUGCACCCUCCAGGAGGGGAGGCGGCUCAAUGACCAGCGCUGCUCCUUCAGCCUGGAGGCCAGCGGGCUGAGGAGGAGGAGGUGCCACUCCGAGCCGAACACCGGCAAGCCAGCGCAGAGAGGUGAGAGAGAGCGGUGAAGCUAAUAGUGAAAUUGAGAUGAUGAAACUGGUGCAUUUGUUUCCACGUCGUGAUGCUGACUCAUUUUGAUCAAGCUCAAACAACCCAGAGCGGCCCUGUACUUUAUGACUCAAAAACCUUUAGAAACCUCUUUGUCUGACAUGUUUUUUUUUGCUUUUUUCUUUAACCGCUGACCACUGAAAGCCUCCUGCUGUGCUCUCUCAUUUCUCCACAGUCGUCUUUUCCUCCAUGACUUCGUUGCAGAAAGAGGAGUUCUUCGAGCUGGUGGCCACCGCUCAGGCUCGCAGGCUGGAUGACCAGAGGGCGCAGCUUGAAAGGUCUCCACCAAAAACAAAGGGCAGGAGUUUCAGAGGCAGCCUGAAGCAGCUCUCUUUUGUCAGGAGGCCUGUGUCUGCUCCCGCUCCUGUACCAACUCCUGCAGCGGCUCCUGUGCCCAAAGAGGAUCUGUACAACAUGAUCCUCACCACACAAGUAAGCAAGAUACAAGCUGUUGCAGCUAAAAACACAUCAAAGCUUCUGUCUCAUGCUAUUUUUAGUGGAGAAGUGAUUCACUUUGAACCUCAUUUUUGUGCAAUGAACUUCUACCCACAGGCUCAGGGCAGGCUGGAGGACCAGCGCAGCAGGGCUCCUGGACCCAUGGAUGACGAGGACUUCUUUUCCCUUCUCCUGAGGGUCCAAGGGGGACGCAUGGAGGAGCAAAGGACUGAAUUUCCAUGCCUGCUGCAAACCUGAGAUGAAAAAAAAGCACAAAAACUAUGGGGGAGCCAUCCAGUAUUGCAGCUUUUUUAGCUUUAUUUACUCUUACAUUAGUUUAUUUUUACCCUGAUGAUACUUUUUAGGGCUGUGUCAUCCUUCAUGAUCUUGGACAGUGUGAAAGCUUUUUGGAUUGAUGCUUGAGCGUUCAUGUUUGAGCAGUAGCGCUUUGUAAUGGUGCGAUUCCACCAGGCGGUCCAGUUUGGUUCAGUAAAGUUCAGUGUGUUGUAGUUUGGUAAAGUCGGAUCUUGCUGGUUGUACCCUUACUUUGCUGUGUCAGCGAUGCAAAAGCGUAAUAUCACAGCUGUGUAACCUGAUAGUAUUUUCAAUAAUAAGAAGAAUUUUAUACAGUCAAACAGCUCAGGAGAUGAUGACUUUUCUGACUAAUCAACAGGUCCACUCGGUACCCCAACAGACCAGCACCAGAAAAAGGAGGGUACGGAUCGACUUAUUUGGUACCUUUUCUUACUUUGAACAGCGGAAACUCAAAGACCAAACCAAACUGAGCUGAAGCAGACCUGCUUGGUGGAAACUAGGGCUGUCAUGGUGUCAGAUUUUCACGGCUAUAUUGGCCAGAAAACAUAAUAAUAACAACAUGAUCGUGAUAUUUAAGGAAACUUCAAAAUGAAAUAACAUUAUUGGUCAAAAUGAGGAAAGACAAAACAUGGUGCAGCUUUAUAAACUGAACCAAUUACCUUAUGAGUUGUCGUCCAUGUCUAACAAUACUCCAAUUUAAGUUUAAUAAUCAGCCCUGUGACUGAAACUGGAGGAGACUCUGGCUCAUUAAACGAUUGUUUGUCAUGCUUUUAUUUUGAAAAAUUUCCCUCCUCUGUCCUGGUUUCUAUAUACACUGCAUCGACAAACUAUGCUUUUAUUUUGAAGUGUCCUUCUUUCAGUGGAUUAUAAGUCGCAGAUCUAAUAGAAAGCUGUUAAAAGAACAAUCAUAAAGUCUAAAUGUUGAGUUAAUUAGAAACCUGAAGAGGCACGAGCUCCAACGUUGAUUUGCAGCUAAUCAUCGCCUCUCAAGGGGCGGCUUCAGCUCGCUCAUUAGCAGUCCACUACUUCUGCUUCGUCUCUCCUCAGUUUUGAGAGGAGAUACAAUCCUGUGUUUGUUUUCAGCAUGAUAUCAGUAUUUUAUUUCUUAAAGAUGUUUUCCUAAUCACUUCACUGGUACACUGCGACAGCCCUGGUAGAAAUGCACCUCGAGAGGGUCCUGAUGUGAUUGUGAAGUUUACUAGUUUGGUAUUUUAUUUUUCCUAGGAGCAAUAGGUAAGCAAUGCUUUUUCCAAAUCUUGUACUGAGAGUGAGUGAUGAGAGGUUGAGUGAUUUUGUGUUUGAGUGUGGAGGAGGUAGUCUACUGUUAAACACACCAGGGAUGGUGGGAAGUAGACAUAAGCUGAAAGGCCACAGAGCGUUCGACUGUAUAUGAAAAGUUCUCCUGCAGAAAAUAAACAGAUUGCAAAUGAGGGCAGCUUGUAUUUAUCUUUUAUUCGAUUUAUUUAAAUGUGAUCCACCAAAGUGUGUGCUUUUGAGGUGUUAAACACUGAAGUCUUUUAGUGUUUGAGUGAGAAUUAUGUGCCUAACCUGCUGCAGUCCUUCAACAGCUGAUCAUCAGUUAUAAUGAACUUGGAUUAAAACAUUGGAUGAACAUAAUUCAGAGUGUUUGUUUGCAAAGAGAAGCACUCAUAAUCUUUCAUUUAGGGAACAAAUAAAGCAAUAACAGAUGUGUAAAUUCUUCACAGACUAUGCAUAAUAAAACAGGCUUUAUCAAAGA